GGCAAAACAUUCACCGAAAGCCAGUGAGCUACAGUACGCACGCACCUCUCUCUCUCUCUCUCUCUCUCUCCAGUAAUAAAGAGUAGCGUAGAAGAAAGUAAGGGAGUAAGGGAGUAACAGAGUACAAAGAAGAAAUCGAGUCAGAGAGGCAAAAGCUUAAGACAGGAGGAACUUGCGCACAAUAUCCCACAAAUGACAUCCACGGCUAAUGUGAACGGGGAACACAACGGACCACCGCGACCACGGUCGUCCCGCCAGCAGUACUACCCAACGUCGUCGUCUUCCUCUGCAUCCUUCAAAGGCUGCUGCUGUUGCCUCUUCCUCCUGUUCUCCUUCUUGGCCCUCCUUGUCCUGGCCGUGGUGUUGGUCAUCGUCUUGGCCCUCAAACCCAAGAAGCCCUCCUUCGAUCUCCAACAGGUGGGCGUCCAGUAUAUGGGCAUCACCACUCCCAAUCCCUCCGAAACCAAUCCCGCGGCGAAUGCCGCCACCUCCGCCUCUCUCUCCCUCAGUAUACGGAUGCUCUUCACGGCGGUGAACCCCAACAGGGUCGGGAUCAAGUACGGUGAGUCCAGGUUCACCGUCAUGUACCGCGGGAUUCCCUUGGGAAAAGCCUCCGUCCCGGGGUUCUUCCAGGAGGCUCACAGCGUUCGACAGGUGGAGGCAACCGUCGCCGUCGACCGUGUCAACCUGCUCCAAGCCGACGCCGCCAGUUUAGUCAGGGACGCUUCCUUGAACGACCGCGUAGAGCUCAGGGUCCUGGGCGACGUGGGUGCUAAGAUCCGGAUCUUGAACUUCGAUUCCCCUGGCGUUCAGGUAUCGGUGGACUGUGCAAUAGUGAUAAGUCCAAGGAAGCAGUCUCUCACUUACAAGCAGUGCGGAUUUGAUGGUUUAAGUGUCUGAUCACACACUCUCAUUCCCCCCCUUUAAAAUCUACCCCCUCUCUCAUUGUUUUCUUUUUUUUACUCUCCACAUUUAAGAGCAAAAUGAGAAAGGCCCCCCAAUAAAUUAAAAAAAAAAAAAAAGGGAAGGGCUGGAAAGGAGGAAACCACCUCUCGCAUGGAAUGAGUAACUUGUUACAAAUUCUUAAAGGGAAGAGAAAAGUUUCCCAGAGAUUUUGCUGGAAACAAAAAAGGAGAUCAAAAUUGGUUUGUUAACUUUAAUAGAGCCAGCUUCACUGCGUGUAAAGUGUAAUGAAAUGUGUGGCAUUUUUUGCA